GCCAUCUGCUGCGACCGGUUGGGGUGAGAGAUAAUCAUAGAUUAUCAAAAAAUAUUAGAUCAUUUUUGUCUGUAACCUUUGUGUAAUUUAUUGGUUUAAUAUAUUCCUCUCUGCCAACGAAAGUCUGUCUAUCACAGAUAACAGAUUAUCUGCUUCUUGUGGGACAGAUUUUUUUCAUAAAACCAAAACAAUGAAUAAAAAGAGGUUAAAAAACACAGCAGAGGUUCAGAAUCGGGUGUUAAUCACCUGUGAGUUGAUCGCUGGAAAAAAAAAUAGGAAAACCAAAACAAUGAAUAAGAAAAAAAUUAAGUGUUUCCAGGGUGUAACAAUGCAGAUUCACCUUUAUUAGUAGGUUUUGGUACAAAAUCUGGUGUCAGUGUCAGGGGAAAUAUGAGUGCAGUGCUCUGCCUCCAGUCUACUCGAUCAGAACAGUUAAUCCCUGAAAGAAUAACAUACAGUGUCCACGUCACAGCACCACCUGACACAAGGUGUGCUGCUUAAUCUGUUAAAUAAAACAACAACGUAUGCAGGCUUCAGGUCUAUCUAUCUAUCUAUCUAUGAAUGCUUACUUCAGGAAGCUUUAGCAAGCUUUAACUUGCCCUGUAGCUUCUCAUAGGGUUUUCAGUCUAACAGAUGCCAGGCCAGUCUUACUUUCUCAGAAUAAGAUUUAGCUGAAAAAUUAGACUUCCCUAGUUGAUGAAACUCUUGUGUUCAGAAACUUUUAGAAGCUGCUGAGGCUUCUAAAGGGGUUUGAAACAAGUUAAAGCUCAAUUCUUGGUUUUCCCGAAGCAGAGACUUAUUCCCUGACAUUUCCAGAUUAUCUUUGAAGUGACAGGAAUAUUGCAAGUCCAGGGUUGCCAGGAUUUAACACAAGUCAUUUAGAAAUAAUGUGUCCUGUAAGAACGUACUACAGCAUGUGAUAACCCAGCAGAAACAACAACAUGCUGUUUUAGGUUGUUUUAAAGCAGAACUUUUUGACUAAAGCAAACAUACCAUAUUACUCAAGCUCAUACAAAUCUCCUCAUACGAAAAUUAAUCACCGUCUAAUCGCAUCCCAGUAACAUUUACAUCAAGACCAGAACAGGAGAGCAUGAAUCUUCAUAUUCAUUUAUAGCUGCAGAUCUUUGGAAUCACCUGAGAGUGUCCAUUUGUUUCUGUAUCUUAAUUAGGCGAUAUGUGAGUACCUCAUACAGUUAUCAUUCGUUAAUAACGAUUUCCCGGCAGGAGUUCACAUUAAAUGCUGGUAAUCUUUUUAACAUUUAAUGCAGUUUAUUGGCUGUUUUUCUUAAUCAGAUUCACCAUCCACUUUCCUUUUCCUGAAGGAGACCAGUCAUAUCUUUGUUAUCAACUUGACGUCAGUCCACGCAGCAAAACAGCCCAAUACUCCCAGAGCUCAACAUUCCAAGUGCUCUGUAUUUUUCCAACUCUACGCCCUGUGAGUGGAGCGAGAGAGAGAGAGGGAGAGAGAGAUGGAGGGAGUGCAAGGUGCGUUGGAGAUUGCGCAAGCGGGUUUGCUGAUGCUCAGAUUGGUGUGUUUGUGAUUGGCCACCUGAGGAGAUGCAUGUCAGCCAGCAAAGUUGCGUGCUUUUAAAGUGCUGCGGGCAGAGGGCAAUGCAUUCAGAACACUCACAGCUGUUAGGAGACGAGACCGGAGAGCAGAGCCACGUCAAGCAGACCUUCCUCAAACACAGAGAGAAAAAAGAAGAAGAAGAAAGUGGAGAUAUGACUCUGUCAGCUGUGCAACAACUUUUUCUGCUGUGUUUAUUCAUUUGCUUUGGAUGUUGGAGCACAACAGAUGCCAGUCCUCUUGAUCAGUGGGAAGACGGCAUAGUGUUACAAAAGGUGCGAGGGAUCAGAAGUGAUGAUUUGAGUGGUGUAUUGCGGAGAGACCAGAAUGAGGAGCAGGUUCAGAAUGUCUUCAAAAGAUUCCUGUUUCAUUACUCCAAAGCACGCAACUCUGUUGGAGCUGUACAAAAAGAGUCUCAUUCAGUUCACCCUCUCAUGCGACUUUCACCAAAGCUUUCCCAGAGGAGAAAGAAGAAGGUGGUACUUUUGAAGAUUCGAGGUCUGCCAGAGGGGAUGUUGUAAAAGGAAACAAACAAACACACACCUAUCAGAAGAAGAGCAGCUGGCAGAUCCACCUGCGGACAUCACACUCAAAAUCAACUGAUGGACCACGCAACAGCAUCUGUAACUUUUUUGUUAACAGAAACAAUUUGAUUGUAUAGCUGGAAAAAAACUGAAGUGUGUUGCUAAAGCUGCCGUGUGUCUUGUUGCUUGCAAAUGCAAAAAAAUAAAUAAAAAAUUGGUGUCAUUGGA